AUGUUUUUCGCGACACUUACACAUUCACUAUAUAUUUCGUUAGCAGAGACUGAAUCGGAUACAGACGACGAGGACAAUGAGUUGGUGUAUAUCCCUGGGCGGCUGGAGUUUGUAGUCAGUCACCCCAAGUUCAAGGCUGCGGCUUUACCGUCGAAGGGCAAAGAGAAAGCGGAAGAAGCCGUACCGGAAGAGCCCAAAUUUAAGCCUUUCCAAGGCGAGGGAAGGAGGUUAAAGUAGCUAUGUGGUAUCAGCUGACCUGCACCAGCCGAACUGGCUACCGAUCUCCGCAGACGCCUAAACAACGUCGUGCCUGUCUUACACUAGAAGGGUUUGUGCCAGCAGGCUGCUCUAGAGUAUUUACGAGGUAAAUACAAAUAAAAUUGCCGCGGUUGCCGCGAAAGACUGAAAGCGCGA